AUGACGCUGCCAUCCGAUCAACCAGUGGCCGAGAAAGACGGCUCCUCACUCAUUCUCCAGUCCACGCCUCGUGUCCCAAGAAUCAGCCCCAGACCUGCGCGACCUUUAAGCACGCUGGGCGCGACUCCAAGGGCCUUCAGGUUUUCUCCCGCGCACACCAGAGCUGCAACCACCAUUGCGACACCCGAAACUCCUAUCCAAUUGUCCUCUUCAUCCGAUCACCACUCCUCGCACCUUGAAACCGAGUCCCAGCAUGCUGUACCGGCACCAGCCCCAGCGCCCGUGACCGUCAAGCGCGACAUCUCCUCCGACGAUGAGGACACGAAGCCGCCUCAGCCCAAGAGAACCUGCGGAUGGCACCCCCCUCUUCUAGCGCCCUCUUCAGACCGCAGCAACAGAAGUCGUCAGCGCUCUAUCCUUCCAGCGUCCCCACGUCGCAUUCGAUCCAGAUCCCCAAGAGCCAGGGCCAUUUACGGAGAUUACAAACCAGGCCUCCGCCUCGCGUCUCGUGUCGAUCAGGAUGCCACUGCCGACGAUUGGUAUGAUGCUAUGAUCCAGGCUACUCGCAAUGCCCACAUCGCUAGAAUCGAGCGUCUUCGUGCUAGAGAAGACGUGGAGGAGGCGAUCUUUGAAAUGGAUCUUUUUCAACUGGAGCUUGCUCGAGAGAAGGUGGAAGAGAACCAGUGA